UGUUGUUUUUGUUUAAGUUUUUUUAAUAAAAUAAAUUAUUAUGGAGGUUUUGUUACUGAAAAAAUUUAAUUCUUUUAAUAGCAAAAACAUGAAUUCCGGAACAUGUGUGCAUAGUCCAAUCGAAACUAUUCGUUCAAAAAAUCCCCAUCAACAACAUCGACAAACAUCAAAUAACAUUGACGAAAUUGAUGGUGGAACAUCCGGUCAUGAAGAACCAGAAUUAUCAAUUCAUUUUAAUUUUGAUCGCGAUGAAUAUUAUAUAAAAAAUUUUUACGAAUUAAUGAAAUAUGAACGAUUAAGAAUUGUCACUUAUAUUCUUUAUGAUCAUCAAUGGCCCAAAAUGGAUAUUAUUUCACCAGCUUCAUUAGCAAAGGCUGGCUUUUUUUAUUACAAAAAUGACAGUGUUUGUUGUGCAUUCUGUCGUGGAAAAGUUCGCAAUUGGGAAAAAGGAGAUUUGGCCAUGGAAGAACAUAGACGUCAUUUUCCUAAUUGUCGAUUUGUUCAAGGCAAAUCUGUCGGUAAUGUUCCAAUCGAAUUGGAUCCUCAUAUCAAUUGUAACGAUUCAUCAAUAAUGUCAAAUUUUUAUAUCAAUGAUGCUCCAAGCCAAGAACCAAUCAAAAUUGUUUAUAAUAAGUCUCUGACACCUAAAUUUCCUCCAUUUAUUGAAAAGAAGAAACGUGAAAUGACGUUUUUGCAUGAAAAUUGGCCUAAAACCGGUAAACCUGAUAAAAAAUUGUUCAUUGAUGCCGGAUUCUUUUACACUGGUAAAGAGGAUCGUACUCGUUGUUUCCAUUGUGGCGGCAAUUUGUUAAACUGGAAACCUGAAGAAAAUCCAAUGGAAGAACAUGCAUUGUUUUUUCCUGAAUGUCCAUUCGUUAUCAGUAUAAAGGGAGCAGAUUAUUUAGAAUUUGUUAAAUUCAAAAAACAAAUUAUUGAAAUGCGCUCGAAAAUGGAAACACCUUUUGAAUCCAAAGUUUGCGAUAUAAAUUGUUUACGAAAGUUAUCAUUUGAGAACUUUACAGCCAUGAAACAAGCUGCACGACGAAUAUUGAACCGAUUGGGUCAACCAGAAGAGACACAAAAAACUUAUCAAGAAUAUUUGGAUAAAUUUUUCUUUUUUCUCGAUUGUAACAAAUUGUUUGAUUAUUUGUCACGAAUGAAUGUUCUACAUCCUUCAAAUCAUGAUAUUGAUGAUAAUGGCCGUGAUUCUAUUUCACCAAAUUCAUCAAUAUUUUGUCUACCCGAAUCGAGCGAUAGCGAUUAUUCAAGCUCCAAUUCAGAUUGUGAAGAUACUUCAACACCGAAAUGUGAACAAGAAACAUCAUCGUCAUCAUCAUCAUCAUCAUCAUCAUCGUUAUUUUCUAACAAAAAUAAACAAAAAAGUCAAUCUAGUCUAUUAUGUUUGAUAUGUUGUGAUAGAGCGAUACAGGUUGUAUUUUUGCCAUGUGGACAUCAAUUGGCUUGUAUGAAAUGUGCAACACAAUUGGAUGUAUGUCCAAUAUGUCGUACGAUUAUUAGAGAUAAAGUCCGUACAUUUUUCGCAACUUUGGAUGAAUGAUGGAUUAACUUUGAUGAUUUUUUUCCUCUU